AACUUUUUUAUUCAAAAAAAUCAGUCCUUCCUUAAUUCAUUCCAUAAUUAAUUCUCUGACCUUUUUCCCUUUUCCCUUUCAUUUCUCCUCUUUCUCCGUGCUUUUCAAAUCCCUUAAUUUCUCAAACCAUUUUCAUCUUUCUACGUUUUCAAACCUUCGUCAAUGGAGGAUAACACCGCCAUUACCAACACCACCACGGGCAAGCUUUACACAGUCGCAAACUAUGUUGGUGCGAGCGUAGUUUCCGCGUUUUUCAUCUCUUUAGAACGAUGUUCUUGCAUCAAUCUGAGCACAUCUGAUUACGAUGAUGAAGAAGAUGCCAUGGAUCGUGGAUUGAUGUUCAAUAAUUCUACGCGUCACGAUGAUCCUCGCUUUGCCCUUCCUGCUCCUACUAGGAUCAUUGUUUCUUCUAAUCCUUCACCUACCGUUGAUUCUCUCCCUGUUUGAUUUCGCUAAGUGAAUUGAGAUCUUCAUGGAUUUGAGAUGAUGAUGCUGAUCACGAUGAUGGACUUUGUGUAUUGAAGAAUUGUGUAUGUAGUAUUUUUUUUCUUUUGAAUUGAUGAUGAAUUGAUGAUCAUAGUGUGAUGUUGAAAAAAGAAUCCAAUUGUUUUUUUAAAAAAGUUUAGUUGAUGAAAUGUUGUACUGUGGAUUUAGGUUAUCAAUUUGAAUCUUGAUUGAUUAAUUUUAUGGCAACAUAUGUGCUACUUUAUGAAUCACAAAAACUAAUAUUUCUUGAAUCAAAGUUAUCUUGUUUCGUUUGAUCCUU